CAUGCAAUUGCGGGCUGAUGUCAUAGACAUUCAACAAUCCUUGCGUGUGCUUAAGACCAUUGUGUAUGUGCUCUGCAUUGUCGUUGUUAUUUUGUUGUGCCGUAUGUAAGCACCGUUACCAUGUUCUUAGUAUGUACAAAGACAUUAGUAUGUCUUGAAUAUGUUGUUAGUAUGUAGUUAGUAUGUUUGUAGUACGAUGGUAUUAUGUUGUCGCAUAUGGGAGCCGUAAUACUAACUAUCAUGUUUUUGUCCACUACUAACUUCCAUGGAACCUGUGUACGUACGUAAAAAAUGUUUUCAAUGGGUAUAUGCAAAUUUCAUCUUCAGCAUCAUAUAUCUGCGUUUGUUGUUUUUAAUGUGUCAUCUGUUGUGUGUGUGUAUAUAACAACCAAAUUUGUGAUUUAUAUCUUUUGUAACCGUACAUUAGUAAUGGCUUCCACACGUACUUCGCCUCGUAACCACUCGAAAAGCAAAGGCGUUGUCAGUGACAAGUCAACCAGUCUUGAAGAGACACAAACUCAGUUAAGCCACAAGGCCUCAUGGGACAGUAACUCAGUCUGAGUUUUCCUCCAGUUGAUUGCAAAUGAGAUUAGUAAAGGAAAUCGGCCAUUCUUAGUCCUUAGCCAGGCAGGGUACAAGUCGUUGUCAAGGAAAUUUCAGAGAAAAACAGGAAAAAAACAUGGACUUAAACAGUUGAAGAAUAAGUACAUGAGCUUGAAGAAAGAGUGGCAAGCGUGGCUGAAGUUGAUGGAUUCAAGCAAGGGAGUGUCCGGGAUAGGCUUUGACUAUGACACCGGUUUGUUUCAGGCACCUGACGAGUGGUGGGACAAGAUGGAAUCAGUGUGUGCGAAGUUCAGGAAGAAAACGUUGGAACACCGUGACUUGCUGGAGACGGUUUUCAUGGGGGCAGCAGCUACUGGGAAGCACCAUUGGACCCCGGGAGAGAACAUUCCUGAAGCUGCUACGGACUCAUCUGAUUCAGUGCGUAGUUUGGGAGCCCAGCCAUUUGCUGAUCCGAUACCCACAGGAGUACAGGACGUGGAUUCUGAUUCUUCACUGGAGCAUGUGUCGAUUGAAAAGGCAAAACGGAGAAAGACGCCAUCAACAAGUGUUUCAAAGUCGAAGAAGGCAACAAGUGGUGCGUCUGUUAUUGCGGAGAGCAUGAACAGAAUGACAGAUGUGGUGCGUUCGAAGAAUCAGCAGGUCACGGUCAGGCACCUCACAGGCAACGAAUCACUGUACACUAUUUCCGAGUGCAUGCAUAAACUGAGCAGUAUUCCGUCCCUGAUUGGUACACCGUUAUUCCACUUCGCCUCCACACUUAUGGAUAACAUUGAUUACCGGGAGGUCAUGAUGUGCCAGCCUGAUGACGACCACAUCAUUGGCUGGCUUACACAGAAGCAGCUCCAGUGUACUGCGUCGGGGCCAUUUGCAAACCUGUUUGGGGGUAGACGGAUGUGA